GUCAUUAAACUACUUAUAGCUACAUAGUGUUACCGGUAUUAUUGCUCUGAUAACAACUCUUUGUUUAUUCACUAUAGUGUCUUUACUAUGGCCGAUGGUGUUGUCCUACAAUUCGUAAUAAAAAAUUACAUUUUUAAAUAAUAUUACAACUAAACAUACCUUUAUAUAAUUAAUUUGUUUGCGUGAAUAUUAAAAAGUUAAAAUUACGAAGAUACUCGUAAUUAUUACCUAUAAUACAAAUUUAAGAAAAAUCACUAAAAUCGCUACAUAUUAAUUUGAUAAUAUUCAUGAAAAAAUAUUAUUUAUCUGAUUAUAUUAAGUUAUUAAAAUUUAUCUAUUUAAUGUUUAACGUGACUUUUCUUCAAACUCCAAAAAAUAUCUGCCAGAGGAUUUAAAAUGAUGAAAAUAUUUUUGUGUUUAAUCUUCUGCUUCGAUCAGAUCUUAGCAUGGCCUUUCUCAGAUUGCGUUGAGCCUCCCAAAGAGUGUCCGAACGAAAACAUCACUUUCUGGCUAUAUACGAGAACGAAUGUGAAUGACCCUCACGAAUUACGUAUCAAUGACAAAGAUACUAUAAUGUCUGCUCCAUGGGUACAAGAUGCGCCCAUCAAAGUUCUCAUACACGGAUAUACGGGACACAAGGAUUACUCACCAAAUACAGAAAUACGGCCAGCUUACAUGAAGUGUUGCAACUAUAAUAUUAUAUCAGUCGACUACAAGCCUCUUGCUCAGUCGCCAUGUUACCCAGCUGCUGCGAGGAACACGGAGCUCGUAGGAAUGUGCACAGCACAGUUGAUCGAUGACUUGAUUCAGACAUACAACUUCGACCUGGCUAGAUUCCACGUCAUAGGCUUCAGUCUCGGAGGACAAACCGCUGGUCACGUGGGGAAGAACAUUCAGUCGGGCGCUCUCCAUAGAAUAACAGGAUUAGAUCCUGCACUGCCACUUUUUGUUACACAAAAUUCUGGAAGAAAACUCAACGCUGGCGAUGCGAAUUUUGUUGAUGUACUUCAUACAAACGCUUUGGAAAGGGGGAAACUGGAAUCUUGUGGUGAUAUUGACUUCUAUGCCAAUGGGGGGCUCACCCAACCUGGCUGCCACGAUACUGCGAAUCAAUCAAGAUCGAGCUGCGACCACGCCCGCGCGCCAGUGUAUUACGCCGAAUCAAUCAAUUCUGAUGUCGGCUUCUACGGAACCAGGUGUUACUCCUGGAUCAGCUACAUGAUCGGCUGGUGCGAACUCGUCGACUCCAAUGAAGAAGUUCUUUAUGGGGAACACAUGCUUCUGAACAUAUCUGGUUUGUACUUCUUCCCGACGAACUCUGAUUCUCCUUAUGCGAAAGGGCCAAAUAAACGGCAAACUAGAAGAUAACAACAUCUAGCUAUAACUACGAGUAUAUCGCUAAUUUCACUUGCUUUUGAAAAAUAUAAAUGAAGUUCUAAGACGACGUGGUAUCCACCAAUUUAAAAAAUAAAGUUCAUUUUGUAAACAUUUGUUACAAUAACAAGUCAUGUAUGUAAGUACUUAAAAUACCUAUAGGCCUUGUGUCCUAAUGUCGUUUUCAAUAAGUAUGUAAUGUAAUUAUGAAAACUCCAGUAUUCUAUUUUUUAAAAGGAAAUACACGAAAAUACAAGUCCACGUUUUUAACCAUUUCAGUUACAUGAUUUAUCAACAAAAAUAUUCUUCUAUUGCCAGAUCAUUUUGCCAAAAGAAAUCUUUUUUUUUUUUCGUUUAAGUUAAUUAAAUAAUAAUACCAAAAUGUAGUUUACCUAAAGAACUUAUGGACUGUCAAGUCAACCCACCUUGAAAUUCGUUAACUACUCUAUAUUUUUAUGUCGCACACACAUAUUGACAUUACCGGAUUUUGUUACGGCCUGACCUUAAUUCAAGGAUUCAGUGCCAAUAAUUUUGCCACCGAGUGUAAUUUUUCUUAUCCUGAAUUGUUGGAUGUUGCGAAAGGCAAUAGGCUUGUUGCAAUGAUGUGUUGUUGUCAUUUAGUAUCCGCAAAUUAGGCAAUGUGGUAAGUAUAGUGAGGUGUAGUGUGCGUUGCUUCACAAAGCGGCUUGUCAGAUACCGCCGCAUACAUAGUGGUUAAUUUUAUGUUGGAAAGAUGUUCUUGCGUUGAGUUGACUAUUUUGUAUGAAUAGUUAAGAUUUAACGCAUGUCAAGGACAAGAUAGAAUCAAGGUCUUAACGUCAGGCAAUCCGCAAGCACGCUGCCUACUAUCAUUAAUUUUAUCCAUUAUAAAACAACUUGUCUAUCUGUUUGCGUUGAAGUUAAAAACUACUGCACGAAUUUUCAUGCAUCUUCUCCCUCAUCUCCGCAUGCGUUCGGGGCUGUGCCGCCGCAAAGCCCGGGGUCAGCGUAAAAAAAACCAUGUAUUGCUCGUACAGACUAGACUACGCUAAGUGUCCCCUUGUACGAAUAAGAACCACACAUAUGAAUAAUGCCUAAAUUUUGUCGAGGUUGAUACGAUUGCGUCCAAAAAAUCGAUCCUUGCCGACUACAUGUUCAAGACACGGACAUUAUCAAUAAUUUAAAAAUUAAAAAACUUGAAUAGU